ACUAGUCGAUGCCGGAUGACAUGGAUGCUGGAGAAGGUUGGAUGCUGUGUGCGGAUGAUUGAGCUCCCCUGGCCAGCAGCAGUGGGUGGGAAGAUCUGGGACUGGAAGCAGCAGCAGCAGCAGCUGAUGCAGCCUGGUUCUGAGUGCAGGACACUUGCUGCAAGUAGCUGCUGACAUCAUGGAUUUCAACGUAAAGAAGCUGGCCUCAGAUGCAGGGGUUUUCUUCACCAGGGCUGUGCAGUUUACAGAGGAGAAAUUGGGCCAAGCAGAGAAGACAGAGUUGGAUGCGCACUUUGAGAACCUCUUGUCCAGAGCUGACAGUACUAAGAAUUGGACAGAGAAAAUUCUGCGCCAGACUGAGGUCCUCUUGCAGCCCAAUCCCAGCGCUCGUGUAGAAGAGUUUUUAUAUGAGAAGUUGGACAGAAAGAUUCCUUCUCGAGUCACGAAUGGAGAGUUACUGGGUCAGUACAUGACUGAAGCAGCCAAUGACUUUGGACCAAGCUCCCCUUAUGGGCAAACACUCAUCAAGGUUGGAGAGACUCAGAAGCGUUUAGGGGUCGCAGAACGAGACUUCAUCCACUCUUCCUCCAUCAACUUCCUCACCCCUCUGCGCAAUUUUCUGGAAGGCGAUUGGAGAACCAUUUCUAAGGAGAGGAGGAUCCUGCAGAACCGUCGCUUAGAUCUUGAUGCCUGCAAAGCGCGACUGAAGAAGGCUAAAGCAGCAGAGGCUAAAGCCGCGGCUUUGCCUGAUUUUCAGGAGACCCGACCUCGUAAUUACGUACUGUCGGCCAGUGCGUCAGCGCUUUGGAGUGACGAGGUGGACAAGGCAGAACAUGAACUGAGAGUGGCCCAGACAGAGUUUGAUCGCCAGGCUGAAGUCACCAGGCUUCUGUUGGAAGGGAUAAGCAGUACCCAUGUAAAUCACCUCCGCUGCCUGCAUGAGUUUGCAGAAGACCAGGCUACAUACUUUGCUCAAUGCUACCAGUACAUGGUGGAUCUGCAGAAACAGCUGGGCAGGGGCGAGCCUGGGGAGCUGCUUCUCAGCGGAGCUGUGGAGAAAAAAUGGCGCUGUUCCAGGGGUGAGGCAUUUCCUGCAACAUUUGUGGGGAAUGUAGAUGCUGCCUCUCUGCCUCUUAGCACUUCCCCUCCAGCUGCCACUCUGCCCCUGCUCCAAGCAGUAAGCCCCAUCCCUGCAGAUGGGACUCUAAACCCAGCAGACGUGAAGCCACCUGCAAGCGGCACGCGAAAAGCAAGAGCGCUGUAUGAUUAUGAGGCAGCGGACAGCAGUGAGCUGGCUCUUAUGGCAGACGAGUUAAUCACAGUUUACAGCCUCCCCGGUAUGGAUCCGGAUUGGCUCAUUGGAGAGAGGGGGAACAAGAAAGGCAAAGUACCGGUGACAUACCUGGAACUGCUCAGUUAGGCUGAGAGUUACAGGUCUACAGAAUCUCUCAACAAGCCAACUGUCCCAGACGAGCUGCUUCUUCAGAUCUCUCUUCAUCUGGCCUUGCAAGUCCCCCGUCUUCACUGGAACCUGUGAUGGAUUGGCCUCCAAAGUGAAUAUUUUCCAGCAGCUAUGAGGUUAACUACUUCAUUGCUCAAUGUAAUCAUUAGACUAAUCUGCUACUGAGAGGGCAGCUCACACAUUAACCUUUCAUGACCAAACAUGCUUGAUCUAAAGUCACAGAUUACAUGACGCCCUCUCCCAUCGAUCUGGCCGUGUUCCUCUCUGACACUCCGAUCCACACGGCAGAUACAGCCCAAAUUCUGGUUUUGUUUUGAACGGCAAAGUGUGUUAUUUAUAUUGGUCCCCCGUUAUGGAGCCCUGUCAGUGUGUUAGGGUUUCUGUAACCACUUGGCAUGGAGGCCUGUAAGAUCACUUUAGCGGCACUAUGCAGAGUGAUUUUUUUCUUUCUUUUGAAUGUAGCUUAUUGCUGCAAAAUGUACACUUUUUGUGUCUAAAACUGGAAUUAUUCUGUGACGUUACUCCUAAUAGAACAAAGCCAUCUUUCUACACAUUCCCUUCUGCCCAAACACACGUACACUUACAGAAUACUUCACAUCUAGUGGAGAUGGCCAUUUUAUGGGACGAAGCUUGCACAGGAACCUCCGUUACAGUCUCUAAUGAAUAACAGGCUGCAUACUGAUCCAGUCCGUGAACUGGCUUCCUCCGCUAUAUGUGUCAGUAAUGCAGAGAACUUAUUCUUUAAUAUGCGGUGCCUCCUGUUUAAGAAUACAAGCCUAACCUUUCAGCCAUGUUUAAUGACCGGCCUCUUGUUUUAAAAGUUGUAACAAAAUUGUAAAGCUAUCAGAAGAAUAUAUAUAUUCCUAUUUGUACAACUGAUGAGCUACCUGGACUGGAGAAUUAGUCAUGUGCUCUUAGUCUUCAAUGACUAGUACGUUGCUCGCAGGAGUUACAAACACAUUCAGUAAAAGAGAAUUAUUACAUGUAACCUAUUAUUUGGGAUGGGGAUGUGGUGUACCGCCACUGUAGAGAAAGCCCCGUCCACCAUAGAGGAUGUUGCAGAACAAAAAAGUGGCCGUUGGCAUGAGCACGACGACACAAACAGGAGUCACUUUGGUGCUCUGGUUUUUGGCUGUAGUAUUCCAGUCUUUUGUAACGAGCUGCAGGUAAACCAAAGGGUCCACCACCGAAAAACAUGUAUCCAUUAAUUUCUUUUAUCUGUGUGUUAUUUAUUGCCUGUCUGCAUUUACUCUGUGUUUGAUUAGUUAUUAAUAAAUGAAAUCAUUCCUGCAUAAAA